AUGGAUCACGAACAUAAGGAUUCUCAGUUCCCAUUCUCUUGUGACAUCAAUAACCCAACAAGACACGACGACUGGGACGCCAUGAAAUAUCACCACAUCUACAGAGACCUAUGGGAGCGGAAACUUCCUCAGGAAAAGUUUAUCGGCUGUACGAGAAACAGUUUUGACUAUCUAGAGUUGCAAGCCUGGGCAGAAAGCAUCAUUAAUCACCCAGGCCCUUCGUAUGAUGUCAUACCAACGAGCUUCGAAGAGAACCCAUAUGGGGUCAAGGUCAAGAAGAGUCGCGAUGCAGCCGACCAAAACAGUGACCAUGAAGAAGAAUAUAUACCUUUGCCAUAG